UAGCGAGUAAAAUUGGGAAACCAUUGGUGGUGGAUGAGCUCACAGCGGAAAAAACACGACUCACAUAUGCCAGGGUCUGUGUCCAGGUCGCUAAAGACUACUCUUAUCCGGAAACCAUUCCCAUUUCCAUUCUUGGAGAGCCGUUUACUCUUAAAAUUCAAUACGAAUGGAAACCAAUUCCUUGUCAACAUUGUGGAUCCAUUGUUCACUCUCCAGAUUUCUGUCCUUCAAAACCCACCUCUGAUCAGGCAAAAGCUCGUAUUCCUGCUAGGGGGAGAAGCCAAAGUCACAAACCGCCAAGACCGGACAACAGGAAUAACACAAGCAAUCCUCCAAAGCAGAAUCUUUCAUCUGGUUUAGCUGAAGGAAUCAUUGCUGCUACAACUUCACUACCUCCAUCUCAUCCAAUUACUGACCAGCCUAGGGUCAGUAACAACCAACAGUCUUCAAUCAAUAUUCCUUCCACCUCGCAGAUUCCGCCAGUCACCAUCCCACCCAGCAACACUCAGUCAUCUAAAUCUCACAUUCCGAAUCUAAAUUCGCCAACUGAUGAGGUAGUCAAUCCUAAUUUGGUCAUUCUGGCUAAUAA